AUUUCGCCACCACCUUUACUCUCUCUCUCUCUCUCUCUCUCUCUUUCUGCUUUCACUCCUUCAUUGAUUGAAAUUGAACGAAGGGAGCUAGGGUUUGGUUUUUCCUUCUCUUGUGUUGUGUGUUUGGGGCAAAGCGAGUGACGAUGGGGUCCAUCCCCGAUCCAGGCGAGUUAAGCGAGUUGGCUCAGCCGAGCUUCGACGAGUUCCAGCGCCAAACCUCUCUGAUGACGAGCUGCACCCUCCUCUGGAAGGAACUUUCCGACCACUUCUCGUCGCUGGAACAAGACCUCCUUAACAAAUCCGAAGCCUUAAAACGCAAGAUUCGAACCCUCGACAACCAGACCAAGGAAUCCCUCCACCUCCUCGACCGCCGCGAAACCUCCAUCGACGGCAGCGUUCAGAUCGCACUUCGCAACCUCGACAGGCGUCGCGACGCCGCCAUCUCCGCCCUCCUCCACCACCGCGACGACGACAACAACAACCACGACGACGGCGAAGUCGACAAUGACGACGGCCUCGUUCUCAAACUCAAGUCCUUCUGCCUCCGCAUGGACGCCUUCGGGUUCUGGGGCUUCGUCAUCGGCAAGAAGAAGGAGCUCGAGGGGCUACGCGCCGAGAUGCCGGUGGCGCUCGCCGAGUGCGUGGAUCCGGCGAAGUUUGUUCUCGAAGCCAUAUCGGAGGUUUUUCCGGUGGAUAAGAGGGGGGAGAAAGCUGGGAACGACUUGGGGUGGGCCUGCGUGCUUGUGCUUGAGUCUCUGGUUCCGGUGGUUGUGGACCCUGUUAUUGGGAAAUCGAGGUUGUUGGUGACCCCCACUGUGAAGGAACAAGCGAGUGAAAUUGCUGAGACUUGGAAGGCGAGUCUUGAAGAGCGUGGUGGAAUUGAGAACGUUAAGACCCCCGAUGUACACACUUUCUUGCAGCAUCUUGUUACCUUUGGGAUUGUGAAGGAGGAGGAUUUGGAUUUGUAUAGGAAGCUUGUUAUUGCCUCUGCCUGGAGGAAACAGAUGCCCAAGCUUGCACUUUCCCUUGGUCUUGCUCAUCAAAUGCCAGAUAUGAUUGAAGAGUUGAUUAGCAAAGGGCAACAGCUUGAUGCGGUUCACUUUACUUAUGAAGUGGGUCUUGUGGAGAAGUUCCCUCCUGUUCCGCUCCUCAAAUCAUUUCUCAAGGAUGCUAAGAAAGUUGCCGCCUCUAUAUUGGAAGAUCCUAAUAAUGCAGGCCGAGCUGCGUUGGAAGAAAAAAGGCUGGAAAUGUAUCUAGCUGCAAGAAAAGAGCAAUCUGCACUCAGGGCCGUGAUUAAAUGCAUUGAAGAGUACAAACUUGAGGCUGAGUUCCCUCCAGAAAAUCUGAAGAAGCGACUCGAGCAGUUGGAGAAGGUCAAGACGGAGAAAAGGAAACCAGUUGCUGUCCCUGCCAAUAAAAGAACCAGAGCAAGCAACAGCAAUGGAGGUCCAAUGCCACCAGCUAAAGCUGGCCGUUUGACCAAUGCAUAUGUAUCAUCUUUCCCUGCUGCUGCUGCACCUACAUUUGUCAGGUCUCCUUCACACGGGCAAUACCCAGCUGCUCUUCCUCCAUACCCUUCCCCACCCCACAUGUAUGGCAGCAGAAGUCCCCCAGCAAAUCCUUAUGCUUAUUCGCCAGAACCAGCGCCUAUUGCAGGGUCAUACCCAGCAGCUCCCAUGAACUAUCCUGCAUAUGGUGGCUAUGGAAAUGUUUUGGCACCCACUUAUCAGCAGGCUUACUACCGAUAGAAAUUACAACCCUUCAAGAUGGUAACCACUGAUAUGACGACCUUGAUCCAAUUUACUUUCGCAAUGUUGUUUGUAAUCACUAACCGUUUAACGGUAGCAGUUGUGUGUGUUAAUUAUAACUACUGUCCCACUUCCUGCUCUGCAUGGGGAGAAGUUGUAUUUCUAAUGUUGAUCCCAUAGUACUAGGUGAUUGUGGAAAGUAACUAGGACGGCCAAGAAACAUCAGAAACUCAACUACCAAUGCUCGGUUUAGUUGUAGAAAGACUCUUACUGUGUUUACAUUAUAUGCUUAUCUUGGGAUCCAACUCUGAAGAAAAACAAAAAAAAGAAAAAAGAAAAGAAAAAGGUAAUAUGUUUCUUGGCAGCUGUUGACUACGGUAUAAAGGCUAUAAAGGAAAUAAUUUUGUCUGAGAUGAAUUUGUUUUGCUUUGAGGAGUGGUUCUGCUUUCACAAUACAUUACUAUGGUAUUUGUUAGUUCUGCAUUUGCAUUCCCUUGGUAAAGGUUCUCUACGGUUCUAAAAAAACUGCAAGAGAUCCAAGCCAUUAAAAUUUAUGUUUUGUGGCAAAAAAAAAUUAAUUUAUUUAUAUUUUGGUGAUGAUAUGACAAAAAUUUAUACCAAACAUAAUUUCAACCAUUAGGUAUCAGAACUGCACACCAUGCAGUUAGUUUAUAACUGCAGCGGAUCGUCUUCCCCUUUCCUUUGUGGCAUUCUUCUAAAGAAUAAUCUAGUCUUCCUGUAACAUCUUAUCUUUAGAUCUUCCUAUGACAUCAACAUCUUUAUUGAAGGAAGAAAGUAUUAAAUCUUUUUUUCUAAUAUUUGUAAUAUAUUAAGCGUAUUUGAUAACUUAUUUUUUUAUUCUAAAAUAUUAGGAAGCGUAAUAGAAGGAUGAUACAGGGGACAUAGUGGUAGUAACUCCCCUUCCAAUCAUUAGAUGAUGCCGGGUGAAAGUUGCCAGCUGAAUCUAGUUUGUGCUAUGCAUUCCGUUUGAUACGAUAGUAUUUCUGUUUUAAAAUAUAAAGGAAUGGGAUAGCAAUUAUUUGUCUCUAAAUAUUAGGAAAAAGUAAUUACCCAAACUGAGCGCAACAACCCAUGAAAAGUUGCAAGAAAGCAGGCAGAACAUAGGGUGGUUGCCAGGCAAGGCAGACCACGAUGGGGGCAGGGAAUCUUUUCCCACAUGUUAAGCUAUACCCAUUGAAUAGCCGUGUUACAACUUGCAACUUCUAACUUUUCUAGUUUGGUUUUACAUUCGGCAUUUUCUCUUGGGACAUUCAAUUUUCAUUAAGGAAGUUGGAUCAUGUGGCUGCAUCAGGAUGUGGUUGAUGACCUGUUGGGUGUCGUUCUUUGAAUGUUGAGGGUGAAAUGGCUUUGUUUUAAGGACAUGGAUUGUAUGAUAAUUCAUGGCAAUAUAUUCUCUAAAUUUGAGUGCAGUUCAAAAAUCAGCUGUUUCCGUUUCUUGUUUUAUUUUCUAUCUUUUCAAUUAAAAAGUGACACUUAAUUAAAAAUAAUAUUUUCUCGCAUAAUUAGUUUGUUUUUGGAGACAAGAAAUAAGGAGUUAUGAUUUGAGUCCCGAUCCAAGGAUACAAUUUAGCAUUCCGAAGAAUGAAUAUUCUUCAAAUAAAAAAAUGGAAAAUGCUAAGGAGGUGAAGAGAGAAUGUGACUUCCAGAGACGAGAAGCUUCCCAAAGUUGAAGUCACAAGUAAAAGCGAUGUAUGUAAAUCACUGACACUUCUUUUGUGAAUAAGACGCAGACUAGGCAUUAGGCAAGGUUCUUACUUUUUACAAGCAUACGGCUCGUUAUGAACCAAUUCGCUUGGAUAUUUACACAUCAAAAGCCGCUGUUAAUAGAUGGCGCAUUCAGUUUCUAAUAAUAUAAGCUUCUAAGGUUGUUGGUGAAGGGGCAAUUCUGGCUCAGAGAGCAUUGACUGAUGAUUUUCCAAGACGUAAUUUACACUCUAAGGAAAGGAGAAAGCCUGGAGCGGAAGCUUCAAAAUUCAGAUUUGUUUUUCAAUAUAUCAAUGAUAGUGGUUUUGAUGCCUAGGUAGAUAUUUAAACAAAGUAAAAACCAAAGAAGGGCCUUUCAGCCUCAUUUGAACUAUGGGCCUGCCUUCUCAGUUGGCACUGUCUGCUUUAUAUUUCUAAUUCUUCACCUUGUGUGCAUUUUCCAUGUACAUUGCUGGCUAAUGAAAAACAAGUGACCAAUAAUUGCAAACGUGAGCUAAACAUUUCUGUCUUUUUUCUUAUUUCUUUUGUCCUUAGUGAAUAGAUAUAAUUCACUCAGGAAACGAAUCAAGACUUUUGGAGAUAUUGAAAAACUAGAGUACUCUG